AAACUCAUGUUUCAACACUUGCAAUUUUCGUCGAGCCGGGAGCCCUGAAGUUUCGUCGCCAUGUUGAGCACCAAGCGAUGCAUUGAGCAGCGCAUCAUCAAGAGGCGGGAACAAGAGGCCAAGACGGCCGAAUUGAAGCAGCGGCUGGUGGAAAACAACAUCUAUGCAGGCUACGGGAAGAGUGAGCUGAACGUCGAGAAGAAGCGGCGUGCACUCUCAGAAGGUGCUGAACGACGAGAACUCCUCACAGACUACAGCUAUGUGAAGUCUGAGCAAGAUAAAAUACGGCGAGCUCAGAUUUCCAUGUUGGAGGAACAGUUGGCAGAUGAGUUGUCCAAAAGGAAAGCAGAGACCAUGCGACAUGAGAUGGACCGGCGGCGCAUUUGCGAUGGCUCUGAAGAGCUGAGAGCCCUGAAAGAGCGACUGCACAUGGCCAAAGUGAACAAGGAGCGUGCGCAGCAGUUGCUGGAGAUAGAAGUCCGGAAGGAGAAGCAUCGUUUGGCCGAUCACUCGUUAGCUGAGCACAUGGAAAAUGAGCGCUUGGAGCAGCAGGAGUUGGAGUACAAGUUGGACAUCGAAAAGCGCAAACAGCGAGAACGUGUAAAGGUCAUCAACCAGCAGCAAAUUGCCAUGAAGGAGGCACAGCGGGAAGAAGCGUUCAAAGAAUAUGUGAAGGAGCGCAAGCAAGUGGAAGAAUUAGUUGCAAAAAUUGCUGAAGAAGAUGCCAAAGAAGCAAAAGCUCGAUCUGACAAACAAGUUGAGUCACGGGUGAUGCUGCAGCAGUUCAUGCUCGAACAGAAAGCCAAUCAAGAAAAGAUUGAAGCCGAUGAGCGAGCAGAGAAUGAGCGCAUCGAGCAGUUCGCUAGAGACAAGCGCGAACGUGAGGAGCAAAUGGAACGAGAGCGACAAGAAAAGGAGAAGGAGAAAACUCGCGUCCUCAAUGCGAUGCUCGGCAAGAUGGAGGCCAAGAACAAGGAAGCAGAGGAGCUGGAGAUCCUUCGAAAUGAGCUGCAUUUCGAAGAGCUUCAAGCAGAAGCUCGAAGACUUGAUGAGAUGAGGAUGCGGAAGAAGUUGGAAGACCGCGAGGAAAUGAAGAACGCGUACUUGGUUCAGAUGCGCAGGAAGGAGGAGAAGAUGAUGCGCGCAAGGGAAGACGAGGCGAAGAUGCGGGACGAGCUGAUGAAGAAGUUUGCCGAAGACGACCGCCUGGAGCAGAUGGCGGAGCACAAGCGACGCAUGAAGGUGGAACAGCACAAGCGGGAGGCUGAGCGCCUGGUAGAGCUUCGACGUGAAAUGUACGAAUUAGCCCGGGCGAAGGAGAAGGAGGAGGAAGAAUCCUUACGAAAGUUCGAAGAUGAAAGGAAGGUGAUCAUUGAAGAAGAGAGACGUAGGCUGCUUCGUGAACACGGACGUGAACUGAAGAAGUUCCUGCCCAAGCACACUUUGGAGAGCAUGGAGGACUAUCAGCUCCUUUUUGGUGAAGCUGAUCAAUUGUGACAGUGAUCACGAGUUCUUGAAGCCAACAUAUUUUGCCCUUUCUUUGGUGCCUGGUGUCUUCCAAGAC